AUGCGUCGUUUCUUGGACAUUGUACUUCUCUUUCUCUCGUUGGGGACUAGCUUCGUCGCCCCUGCGGAUGUUGCUGAAGAGCUUGGAGACCCUUCACAGACUCCAACUCUGAAUGUUCAAGUGAAGGCUAAUUUCCCAGAUGCUGAGAUCUUUGGCAUCAAGAUUGUGAAUGGAAAGCCUGCGAACAUUCAGCUCUCCUUUACCAACCAAGAACCCGAACCCGUUGCUGUUCAAUUCGUCGGAGGCAGUCUUUGGACGCCAGAUCUCAACGCGGGAACCUCGCGAAUUCUUCGGAACCUGACUACUAAGCAGUAUGGCGUCGAGAUUCCAGCAGGUGAAAGCGAGACACUACCAUACACCUUCCAAACGAAUAUGCACCCUCAAGAGCUCAGACUGAACCUGGCUGCUGUGAUCGCCAGGGGAAAUACCUUCUUCACCCAACAGGCCUUCAAUGGCACUGUACAAGUGGUUGAGCCAAAUUCUAGCAUCUUCGACCCUCAAAUUAUCUUCCUCUAUCUCUUCCUCCUCGCCUGUACCGCUGGCGUCGGCUACUUCUUUUACAACAUCUGGAUUGCACCAUACUUUCCGCAGAAGAAGAAAGGCAAGGCUGCUCGAAAUCAGGUCAAGAAGAUCGAUGUUGGUAGCGAAAAGCCAGAUACUGAUGGGCCAGCGGUAGCUACUGGUAUGAAGGCCUACGCAGAAGAGUGGAUCCCUAGUCACCACCUACAAAGGCCAGAAGCUCGUCGUGUCAAGAGUGGUGGUCCAAGACCAAAGAGCCGACAGGGAUAG